AUACUUAGACACCUCUGGCACAAGCAAUUAUGUUUGUGUAUUGAAUAAUUGAUUCAAAGAGGGGGGAAGGGCUGCUAAUCAGAUCUGAGCAUAAUGAAUUGAUUUAAUUAACAGGGGAAUCCGCGGGUCUCUGGGAACUGUGCGCAUUUAUUCAGGAGCGGGAGAGAGCUCACCACAUAAAUUGGGAGAGAAAGGCAACGAGAGUAUGCUUAUAGCUCUUGUCAAGUCUGGAAUUGGAAUUUUUGAAUACAGUUACAGUUUCGGAGCAAAUGAAAGCGGGAAAACAUUUUAUAGGAAAGAAAUCAUCACAGUAAAAAUAUUCUAGGCUUUCGAUCAUCCAAGUAUAGUAACACAUAUUUAAUAACCAGGUAGAAUUUCGUUUUGCUUUCGCUCUUUUCUCCGUGUGGAAGAUAUGCGAGCGUGCCAGUCUUGUUUUGACGCUGUAAACUGCAGUUUUAGUUUAGUCUGUGGAGGCUUAUUUUGAGAAAAGAAGCGAGAACGAAUUGCGAAGGUGAAACGGCAAUUUUCCCAAAAGAAAUAACACCAUAACAAUAACCAAGCCUGCGUUCUUUUUGAAUGGGGUUCCGUUAUUGAGUGAUCUCGUUUAUAAGAACCAAAGGACCGUGCAAUUGAAGCUUGCAGCUGGACGAUUCCGUUACUAUCGGAAAGCAAUUUCCGAAAGAAGACAAGUCAACCGGGUGACGAAGGCUUCUGGAGCCGAAAACGGAUCGCCUGGAGCCGGACUCUCCAUUCCUCAGGACGAUGGUGUUGGAUAAGGAAGAAGGUGUGCCCAUGCUCUCUGUCCAGCCCAAGGGGAAACAGAAGGGAUGCGCCGGCUGCAAUCGCAAGAUUAAAGACCGCUACCUGCUCAAGGCCCUGGACAAGUACUGGCACGAGGACUGCUUAAAGUGUGCCUGCUGCGACUGCCGCUUAGGGGAGGUGGGCUCCACCCUCUACACCAAAGCCAAUCUCAUUCUGUGUCGCCGGGACUACCUGAGGCUCUUUGGUACGACGGGGAACUGUGCCGCCUGCAGUAAAUUGAUCCCUGCCUUUGAAAUGGUGAUGAGAGCCAGAGAUAAUGUUUACCAUUUGGACUGUUUUGCCUGUCAGCUUUGUAACCAGAGGUUUUGCGUGGGAGACAAGUUUUUCCUAAAGAACAACAUGAUUCUGUGCCAGAUGGACUAUGAGGAGGGGCAGCUGAACGGGAGCUUCGAGACACAGGUUCAAUAGCCAGAGCUGGAGGGGGAGGCCCCACUCCCACUCCCACACCCACACCCACUCCCACUCUGGACGGAUGCACUGCUGCACUCAGAGUGAGGGGCAUCUGUCUGCUUGCCUGCAAUACUUUUUAAUCCUUACCCAUCCCCAAGGACUCUUGUAAAUGUAAUACUUUUUUUUCUUCCUUUUGCCCCUCCCUCUCUCCAACACUGAGCAGUUACAAAAUUUUCGAUGUACAGUUGUGCCUGCUUGGCUGAGCACCGUAUUGCCUGUAUGUUUGUGAUGUUUGUUUUUGGAUUUGUCCCCCAUCCCAACCCCUCCUCCUCCUGCCCCCUUCCUCUUUUGGGGGCCGUUUUCCUCUGGGGGUCUGUACAGUCUGUUUUUUCUGUAUAUAUGAACUGGAACAUUUAUUUUAAGAAAAUGUAAUGCAAUUUUAUUACUAGUGUGAAUUAAAGAUUCUUAAAUGUU